UUAUAAAUAAAUUUGUGAUAUCUAUUAUAACGUAAAAUUUUUUUACAGAUUCUUCAUCAUAAAUAUUUUUUAAGGACAUGGAAUCUGAUAAAAAUGGCUCGUUUGAUGAAAAAUAUCUUUUAGUUGCUAAAGCUGAUAAUGUAAAACACAUUUCAUCUUUGUUAAGAGCAGUUAAUUUCAAAGACGUUGGUGUAUGUUUUGCAACUGAACAUGGCUUAAAAAUAGUAGUUGAAGAUUCUAAAUGUGUGCAAGCAAAUACCUUUAUUGGUUGUGAAAUAUUUCAAGAAUAUCAACUUAGUGAUGACACUGUUGCUUUUCGUGUUGAUCUCAAUACAUUGAUUGAAUGCUUAACAAUAUUUGAUGGAUGCUCAACUAACCCUAGUUUCACAACUGCUCUAAAGUUAACAUACAAAGAAUAUGGAUCUCCAGUAAAAUUAUUGUUAGAAGAAGGAGGUAUUAUAACAGAUUGCUCUUUAAGAACAAUGGAAGUAUUUGACAUUUUAGAUUUUAGUAUACCUGCUGAAUCAACUAUUAGUAAAAUUAUCUUAAGAUCCUCUGAUUUCAAAGACAUACUCAGUGACAUUGAUAGCACAUCUGAUUAUGUUGAAUUCAUGUUUUCUGAAGAACCACAGUUUUUUAAAAUAUCAACUUCUGGAAUAGCAGGAAAAUGUAGUGUUGAGAUACCAUCUAAAAGCGAAAUAAUGGAACAGUUUGUUUGUAAUGCAACAAUAACUGUUAAAUAUAAGUAUAAACAAAUCAAGCCAUUUUUAAAAUGUAUGAACAUAUCACAAAAAACAUUAAUACGAACAAAUGAAGAAGGACUAUUAUGCUGUCAAUUUAUGGUGCAAGUAGAUAGUCAUACUUGUUAUUUAGAAUAUUUUGGGGUUUGAACCCGGACUUCCCCCCCGUAUGUAUGCAACUGGCUUUAAGUAUCAUGCAAAAAAUCCAAUAUUUCCAAUCUAUCUGCUACCCACUAUAACAAAAUAAUUCUGGUAUGUUAGGAACAAAACCCUCCAUUUAGAACUGAAAAUAAAAUAUGUAAAACAAAUUACUUAUACUGCAUACCGAAACUCCACCAAAAAUUUAUCUCUCAUACUAAUCCUAACAUAAAAGUCAACUUGCUUUACUUCACAUCUCUAACAAUUUCAUUAGAAGACUUAAACAUAAGUGGUGUAGAGACCUUCUUUAUUAAAAUUAUUCCUCUCUAGUACUCAAAGUAGCUCCCCAUUCCUACAUCCCAUCAAUUUCUGUUAAAUUUUUUUUUUUUUCAUUAUUACUUGUGCUUUAUUUUA